AUGAUUAAACUUUUGGAAAAAAUUCUUUAUCAUCAACCAUAUUUUCCAGCUCGAGGUAAUGCUUUUAUAUUACUUUCAGCAAUAGAUAAUUUUAAUCAUAAAAUAAUUAUUAAUAUAAUGAAUAAAUUUUUUGAUGAAAAUAUUGUAAAAGAAUAUUCUGUCAUUGGAAUUAAUCUUAUUCAUUUAUCUCCAAAUGAAUUUAUCGAUGAUUUAAUGAAAUAUUUAAAAAAUACACAUAGCAAAUCAAAAUUUAUGAUUUAUUUAUCGAAUGAAAUUGGACAAUUUAAAUCAAAGAAGCCUGUUAACUAUUAUUAUACAGAUAUUAAAAUUCCUUUUACAACAACAUUAGAAAAUGAAUUGUAUAAAGCAUGGAUUAAAAUACAAGGACUCUGGAAAAACACAAUAUUCAAUUAA